AUGACGGAUCCCACAAUUGAGUACGGAUUUCAACGUCUGUGCAAGAUAAUUCCUCGUCAUCCAGGCGACCCUGAGAGACUUCCACGAGAGAUUAUCUUAAAGAGAGCAGCUGAUCUUGCAGAAGCCCUGUACACGAUGCCCGGACGCACUGGAAACGCCUCUCUGCUUGGUUCGGGAAAUGCAUUAGGUAUAGGCUCUUGUUUCGGACUAACUUCUUCAAUGCUGCCAAGUAGGUUGAAGUCGAGUGAACUAAACGAGCCUUCUGGCAACUUGGGCCUCCCCUCUUCCCAUCAUUCCUGCCUGAACCAUUUAAGUCAAAAUGUCACACCACCCUCCGCCAUUUCUCUGUCCAUGCACAAAUUGCCAAUGCAACAGCAAGUUUCGGAUUUUCAACAUUCUGACGAUCUUCAGACGCGCACUCAAACGGGGCAUUCGCUUCAAGCCCCUGAUCCGGUUCAAAUGUCUUUGAGCUCCGGGGUUUCUUUGAUGGAUACCUCGUCCAGUUCUAUAUCUGCCUGUGGACCCCUAGGCCAAGGACUUUCUGGCAACGAGAUUCCUUCGAGCAUCUCUUCUUCGUCGGACGAUGAGAACAGCAGGAGUGAUAGUGAGGAGAAUGAAGAGGAAGAAGACGUAGACGAAGAUGAAGACGACUAUCAGGAGGAAGAUGAAGAGGAAAGCUGCAGAAAAGAGGACAUGGAAGGCAAUCUAGCCGAAGUGAGCAGUAACAUGGAUAAGCAAAAGAACCUGAACGAUGAAGGCAUUUCACAGAUCAGAAAUUUCCCUUACACUCGCGGGGGAAAGAGACUGCAAACGGAUAAAGAUGAGAUGUCAGCCGUAGUUCGAGGGGGCAAGCCGAAAUACUAUCGAAGAAUGACAUUCUACGCAAAGGGGCGAGAAUAUGCUGUCAACGAUGAGAAGGUUGAAGCCGCUGAAGAGGCAGGAGGUUAUCAAUCGUCAAGUUGCCGGAGGCGACGUACUCGCAGAACCUUGGCCCGCGACGACCACAACCGGUUCAGAAGAACCUGUCGUGCAGACGACUCCUACCGACUGGGCGCAGAGUUGAACAACGAAACACUCCAGCCAACUCGAGGCUUGGGCGUCAAUAGAAGUCUCGAGGAGGGUAAACUGUGCGGGACGGACGAGGCGAAGACAAGAGGUGUGAGAGGUUGCAUCAUUUCCGGCCAGUUGAGGCCUGUGGACAAGGGCGGCCAUGGGCCGGGAUACAUUCCAACGGAUGACCUCCAAGAAGAGACAAGCACCUCUGCAACCAUGGCAGUGGCCAAGACGGUGCCAACCUCGUGUCCAGGCAACAACUUUUCUGUAGGUCCAACAUCCAGUCUGCCCUGA